GCUGUUUCCGGGCAAGUGUGUGUGGUUGUACACCAUCGGCGGCGUGUUAAUGUCCGUCUCAGGGAAGUCGUCUCAGCUGCACUCACACUCGCUGAAGGAGCUGUACGAACAGACGCGCAGAGAGCAUCGCAUCGUUGCCCUGCCGACACACAGGCUGUUGCCACGGAAGUCCGCAGUCAGCACAAAGAUUCCAGACACAAAGGGAUGCAGGACGUGUUCAGUGGCUCAUAACGCUCAGAACGGCUGUGUGUUUCUGUGCUGUGCGCUGGAGUCCAGCGUGGUUCUGCUGCAGUGGUACGAGCCCAUGCACAAGUUCAUGCUGAUCAAGCAAUUUGACUUCCCUCUGCCGACCCCGCUGCGUCUGUUUGAGAUGAUGGUGGCUCCGGAUCAGGAAUAUCCUCAGGUUUAUAUCCGGGUGAGCAGAGGAUCCGGGCCGUCACACCCCGUCCAGCUGGACUACAUCGACCUGAACUCCAACACGUCCUGGUUCGCUGAUACUGGACUCGAGAACCGCUGCGCUGACAGAGUUCAGCUGAAUCAGCUGGACAGCGACACACUGCUAGUUUUGAUGGACAACUCGGUUCAUACGGUCGCUCUGGACGGAUCGGCUAAAGGUCACAGACACCUGACGGACGUCAGCUUUAAGUUAGACAUCGACGCCGUGGUGUAUCACGACGAGACGCUGAUCGCCGUCUGGAAACACGGCUGGCAGAGGAGAAGUCAGGGGUCAUCAGAGAUCCUGCAGGAGAUCACUGACCACAAGAAGACAUUCCGGCUGCUGGGGUCCGACAGAAUCGUUGUCAUGGAGAAGCGAGCGUGUGAUGACCAAUCAGGACUCUGUAAUCUGUACAUCCUGGAGACGGUUGACUCCGCCCCUGUGUCCCUAACACGGCUAACCUCUGUUAUUAAUUAAACUCCUCCAGGUGUAAAUAAAGAGGUCAGCACAGGUGUGAGAACAUGGGACACGUCUGUCUGCAGUGUGUGUGUGUGUGUGUGUGUGUGUGUGUGAUCUCUCAGUGAUCAGUCCACCGGUGAACCAUUACAAGUAGAAUAACUUGUACAGUUUCUAACUAGUUUGCUGCACAGUAAGAUUCAGAAACAGAAAUCCAGAGCAGGUGAGAAUGUGGACAGGAAGCCUGUGUUUCUAGAUGUCUGAGUGUUUCAGGUCAAGUCACCUUUACUUGUAGAGCGCUUUAUACAAUGCUGAGACACAGCAUGUUCUGACAGCGCAGUCCUUACAGUAAGUGUGUGUGUGUGUGAGAGAGUGACUGAGUGUGUGAUGUGUGUGUGAGCAGCGCCACCGCCUGGUCAGAUCUUCUGUCUGUCUGCUGUUCUUCUGACUGGACAUUAAAGGUCUGCUGAAUAUCUCAGAGGAGAGGAGGAUUUGCACGUCUGUUGUAGAUUAAUAAAGUUGUUCUGUGUGAAGUCACCCAGAGAUAUGAAUGUAACUGAAACUGAAAUAAAAGCUAUUCAAGAUGGUUAUACAAA